GAGUGGCGGGAAAUUCUACGUCGGUAUAUAAAACCAUAAACAAUCAAAGGAUUGAUGAGUUUUACAGUGCCAAGGAAUAGUAUACGGUCACUUAACACGGAAAAAGUGUAUUUUCACCCGGGAGAAAGUGUAUUUUUAACCGGGAAAAAUCCGGGAAUUUUUUUUCCUUGUCCACGUAGACGCCCUGAAAGAUUUAUUGGCAGCUAAACUUCUUGAUUUAUGUACUGGUGUACAAGAGGAUGGCGUAAAGUGGUAUGUGUGGCAGGAGUGUCUUGGCAGAAUUUUGAAAGUAGAGGAAGAAGGUACAUUACAGAAGCUUAUUGAUCAUAUUCUUAGCAUGGGACCUAAAUUUUUAGAGCACUGCUACUUUAAAAGAGAACAAUCAAAGAACUAUCAGAGUGAUAAGGAAUCACUGCCUUCUACGAUGCUAACUGCCAUGAUGCAAAUCUAUUUUUCUGAAAAUUUUACAUGUGUAAGUCAAGAUGAAAUUCAAAGUGCACAUUGGUAUUUUUACUGCCAUGAUUUGGCAGUCAGGUACUUCUUACCCCUAUGUGUUGGUAGCUGAUAAUCUGGAUCACAUAAAAAACACUGCCAUUCCCUAUGUUGAUAGACUCCUUGAAGAACUACCAAAACAUGUUAGGUAAGUUACAAUUUGGUCAGAUGGUCCUGCUUCCCAGUUUAAUAACAGAUAUAUUGCAGAGGCUAUAAAAGUUCUAGGUAAGAGUCAUGCCAAAAGAAUUACAUGGAAGUACUUUGCAACUUUUCAUGGGAAGGGGCCAGUGGAUGGAAUUGGUGGGGAUGUCAAACGCCAAGUUUGGUCUCGUGUUAAAAGCAGGAAAUGUGUUGUAAACAGUGCAACAGAUUUUGUAAAAGCAUUGUUGAAUUCUUCUUCUAAUGUGACAGCAUUUCUUAUGGGUGAAGAAGACUUUAGCCAAAGAAGCAAAAACUACAUCUCUCGGCCUUAAUCAAGAACUGCAAGCUUUUCAUGAACAUAUCUAAAAUUCGUCACUUGGAACACUAUAAUAAGAAGUUGUAGGACACACCACUUUAUCAGCUGCGGGGAAAACACUAACAGAACAGAAAAAUCACCAAAUAUACAAGUAGAUGACUGGGUGGUGGCAAAAUAUGACAAUUCAUAUUUUCCUGGUAAUGUUACUAAAAUUGAAAAUGGACAGUUUAAAGUUGAUGUUAUGAUGAAAGAUGGGAAGUUUUAGAAGUGGCCUGAAAUUAAAGAUGAGAUAUACUACACUAAAGACAAGAUUGUCGGAAAAGUGAACCCUCCAAGUGGUGUAAAUUCCCAUGGUUUUUUCAAGUUUGACUGUGAUCUGUGACAGUGUAACAUGAGUUACCGCAUGUUGUAAUGCCUACAAAGAUGGUAAGAAGGAAAUCUGAACCAAGUAGAGGUGGUCCAUAUGGCGCUAGCACCAGUUCACUACAGAGUACCCUUAAAAGAGGAGUAAUAACACGUAGCCGGCACCAAUACAUUCCUCAAAGAGAAGUAGAGGCACACAGCCAGCCCCACAGUGAUCCUGAGAAUGAAGUACAAACACCUGAAAAACGGUUCUCCAGAAGCAGCCUCUUGCUGCAGGGUGGAGAAAGUUCAACUCAUGUGAAAAGGAAGAGAGCAACAAAACCUGGCUACAAAGCACUUAAAGAGAUAAGGAAAUAUCAGAGAUCAACUCAACUAGUAAUACCAAAGAUACCAUUUGUCCGGUUGAUUAAAGAGAUUCUGAUGACUGUUUCAAGAGAAACCAAUGUUAGCAGAAUUGAAAGAUCUGCUGUGGAAGCUUUGCAGGAAGCAGCGGAAAUGGUUAUUGUACAGUUAUUUGAAGAUGGCAUGCUCUGUGCAGUACAUGCAAAGCGAGUAACAUUGUUCUCUCGUGAUAUUCAUCUUGUUCUCAGGCUGACGGGAACUCGUGUCUUUGGGACGAAUUAAUAAUAUAUGUCUGUCCAUUGGAUACAUUUGUUCUGUUGUAAUUUUCUUUUAAUGUAUGACAGCAUCCUGGUUCAUGGAUACUAUUGUAAUGGUUAAGUGCCAUAAUUGACUUUGGAAAGUGGUUUCUGUACAUUUACCAUUUUCAGUUGUCAUUUAUGAAAGUAAUCUAAUGGUGUUAAGUUUUAUAAUAAUUUAAAAGUCAACAGAUUAAUUUUAUAUAGAAGCCAUCUGUAGUAAAUACAAACAUAUUGUGAUUUUCUUAGCCUAGACUGGUGAAACUGGUGAAACACAGACAAGCUGGGUCUGACAGUCCCACAUUUUAUUUAUAAUCCAAAAAAUACAUAAAUAUUGAGCAGCAGUGCCAAAAAUACUUGUUUCACUGUUUAUUAGUUUUUAAAUGUACCAUAUGUUGCCUUAAAAAUAAGGUUGGCUCCACCAAAAAUCUGAAAAUUAAAUUAUUCAUUAUUUAGAAACCUUCUUAAACAUUUACACAUUAUAGUGCAUAGUAGACAAGCUGGGUCUGACAGUCCCACAUUUUAUUUAUAAUCCAAAAAAUACAUAAAUAUUGAGCAGCAGUGCCAAAAAUACUUCUUUUACUGUUUAUUAGUUUUUAAAUGUACCAUAUGUUGCCUUAAAAAUAAGGUUGGCUCCACCAAAAAUCUGAAAAUUAAAUUAUUCAUUAUUUAGAAACCUUCUUAAACAUUUACACAUUAUAGUGCAUAGUAUGAGCUGAUAAAAAAUGAUUCACUUUUUAAGACAUAUGUGUUACUGAUCUGUACUGUCUACACUAUCUUUGCACAUUACAGAUUAGGACAGACCCAGACAUUUUCCACAACUUUUACAACGUUUACAACUUUUUGUUUGAUUCUCUUUGCAUUUAUGACAAUGACCUCAUUCCCUUUUGGAAACACUUUCUUCUCAGCGGUAAUCGCAUAUAGUUGUGCUGCCAACUGAUGACUGUUUCUUGGGAGAUUCUUCUGGUUAGCUGUCUAUGCCAUGUCUGUUUUAUCCAUACCAAAUCCAGUUGCUUGAGAAAUAGCUUUCUUGAAAUACCAAGUCCCGUCUUUUCUUUGUGUACAACAAACGAAUUUAUACCAGUAAUGUUCAAAAUAGCAUAAAACAUACACAAAGGCCUGAGUCUUGUUUGCCUUCUAACAUUAUAUUCUGAGCACCUGGCAUCAACUUCGUCCACUCCACUCUUUGCUGAAUUAUAGAGCGUGACUAUGUCUUGCCUUCUUUAAAUAGUCUGUUUCUUCAUUGAUUUUAUUGUUUGUAUGCAUCAGCAGGGUUACGCAUCUAUUUUUCUUUUGUACAUAUGACACCAAUAUGAAAUCAUUGCUAAAUACGAAUAUGGAUAAAUGUAGUUUUCCAUUAUUGUGAGGCAAGAAUUUUUCCAUCAUUGAUGCUGUGUAAGGUUGAAAUCGGCGAAGUUUUCUAGCAAGAUUGUUGCUUUUGAAUGAAUUGUUAAGGCUAAUAUUCCUCCCUGUUCCCUUCAUUGGCUCUACAAGCCUGAACACAACCUUGUCAGCUGCGUUACUCACUUUAAAAACCUGCAAGUUACUAUUCCACAUGUACUUCCAAAUUUUUUUCAUCUGCCAAGAUAAAUAUUUUGAUCCCUAGUUUCCAUGCUAUGAAGCAAUAAACGUUCUGAAAGAACAACAUUCCAAAAAGAUAGUAACAUUUCACACACUGUAAGGUAUUCACUUGUUGUAUAAUGUGUUCUGCAGAUUUUUGUGACUCCCUUCAUAACAUCACUUAUAGGGUCUAACUUCUCACUUUCUUUAUGUUCUUAGCUUAUAUUGUCCAAUCUGACACUUCUCAAAAGAAAAAAAAAAUCUUUUCAGUGAUAUACUUGGAGGAAUGAUUUGUUCCUAUGCCACAAGAGUCCCAAAAUUUGUCCAUAUUUGUUUUACGCCAUAAACAAAUGUACAAAAGACUCAAAAAUACUUUAAACUCCUCUUUUUUUAAGUUUCUUGGAAUAUGUGGGUCACUUUUGUAAAGAGAUUUUAUGUGACCUACUUAUGUAUUUGUCCUCUCUAAUCAAAUGAACAGUUUUCAGGCCUCGACAAUGAUGUUAGCUUUUCUGGCUCAGUCACUGAUACCAAGCAAAUGUGUAACUAUAUUGUAAGAUUUGGAGCGAACAUUUUGGUUGGGAACAUUUUUCAGGGAUUUAAUUUGUACCUUUCUAAACAAACUGUAAGAUAGUGAUUCACUGGAAGAGGGAUUGCAACUAAUCAUCCUAGUUUAUAGAGAAUCUCAAUUAAUGUUAAUGAAUGUACUCAUAUUUAUGACAGGAAUGUUAUUAUCUUCAUUGUCUGAGAGACCCAGUUUGUCAGUUCUAGGGUGAGCAGCUAACAUGCCAUAGUCAAUUUUAAAAAAAAUGUUUUUAGCCUUUUUUAACCUCUUUGUGUAAAAAUGCAGAUGCUGUUGUGUUCUGUCGGGUUAUGCUAAACAGUCAAGUGUAAAAAGGAACGGUCAGUCUAGGCCUAGAAAAAACAUCUUUAUAUUGAUUUUUUCUAUGGAAAAUACACUUUGACGAUCGAAGGAGAUCAUUUUCCUAUGUCUUUUUAUAUUCACUCUCUUAAAGUAAUUAUGUAGUCAAAUAAAAACGUGCAAUUAUAUUUUUCUAAAAAUAAAUAUAAAACUUAUAAAUAUGGUAGUAGAAAAAGUGUUCGUGUGUUUGCUGCAUGGUAGUGUUUCCAGUAUAACAUACAGAGGUGUUGUUAUUCACCUUGUACAAGCUCAUAGACUUACUGUGUUUUUCAGUAGUAUAAUUUGUUGUGAUUGGUGAUAGAAACUCUGUAACAUAGUUAACAUGCGAUUUUUCAUGAAUUUUUAUUCAUGUAAGGAUAGUAACAUGAGGUUGCUGUCACAGUGGAAGUCUAAUUUGACAAGGAUAACAGGAAACACAUAUGGAACUUCUUGUCACCCAGCCAUUACUCGUACAAAUGUGCUCUAGGUAGAUGCACCUUUGUUGAAACUGACUGAGAAAUAGGUGUUGAAAGUAGGCUAUUGUCAGUAAUGUAGUUGACACCAGAUUUGCAGUUCACAAACUGUAAUUGAACUGCUGAAUGAACCACUGACUGUUUAUGGUCAGUUCGAAUUUCAUCUACUUGUAUUAUGCACAGAUAAAUGGCUAGCCACAUACUGCCAGUGCA